AUGGGAAACGCCGAGGCAACCUCGUCUGACAACAUUCAGGCUCAGGUUUCCCUGCGCAUCGGACCCCCCGAAUCUGAAGAAGUUCCAAUUGAGAUGAAAGCUACCACCCUGUGCGGGUCUGAUGUUCACUACUAUACACACUUCCGCAACGGAGACAUCCAAAUCAAAGAGCCGCUCUCACAAGGCCAUGAAAGCGCCGGCUUGGUGAUUGCUGUUGGGCCCGAGGUUGCGUCAAAACAUGACAUCAAAGUGGGAGAUAUAGUGGCAUUAGAGGCGGGUGUGCCCUGUGACAAAUGCGAAGUAUGCCUUGACGGGGACUACAACGUGUGCGAAAAGAUGCGGUUCCGUAGCAGCGCAACCGCCUUCCCACACUUUCAGGGCACUCUUCGGGAGCGAUUCAACCAUCCAGCCAAGUGGGUUCACAAUUCGGAAAGCGGCUUCAAAGCCAGGCGCAACAUGUCUGGUGAUUGGGGCUGGUGCGGUCGGCCUUCUCUGUGCUGCUGCAGCCAAAUGCGCCGGGUACAAUGCGCCGGGUACAACCGAGUUGUCAUGGCAGACAUCGCGUCGAAUCGUCUCGCAUUCGCGAAAGAGAAUGGCUUCGCGGAUGACACGGUGAAUCUGGUAUCGAAAAGGCCAAACAGCAUCGAGAAAGGCCUAGCUUUUGCCAAGAAGGAUGCCGCGGAUCUGGUAGCCAUGAAUCAGGGAGACAGGUUUGCUAGGACCUUUGAAUGCACCGGCGUGGAAGGUUGCGCUACGCGCGGCGGGGGUAAGGUUCUCCUUAUUGGCAUGGGUACACAUCAGACACUCCCGAUGUCAGCUGCUUCGUUGCGCGAGGUAGAUCUCGUCGGAGUGUGGCGGUAUGCCAAUUGCUAUCCCCAAGGUAUCGAACUCAUGGAGAAAUGCACCAAGGAUAGGUCAAUACCCGACCUGAGGGGCCUCACGACCCAUUCUUACAAGGGCCUCUCGAUGGUCCCAGAAGCCUUUUCAUGGCUGGAAGGACAAGCACGACGUUCCGUUCAAGCCAACCGGCUUCUGCAGCACACGACGGUCAUGCGUGGCAGCUGGGCAGCUUAG